AUGCGGGAAGACAAAGACAAAAGUGAUGAAGCCGAUAAAAUUCCCAACGGGUUUUUCGAAUUCAUUCCGGAAGAUGGAUCAACAGUGGACUUAACGCAACCCGGCUUGCUUUCUCGCCGACAACUUGUGUCAAUUUUUAGGCGAAGAGGUUUUGCUUCACUCUUGAAGACAGCUCCGGACACGCCCUCGCUGGUUGCGGCCUAUUUUGCCCACAUCCUGCCUCUCCCAGCGCGGAAUUCUGCAGAGGAGAAGAGUUCGCAAGAGGCCCCUCCAGCGUCCACCGUCUCCGAACCCUCCCCAACUCGGGUAGUCACGAGGAGACUGGAGAACGGUCCCACACGUCGUCGUCCUCCUCCUCUCCCUCCGUCAAAGGACCUCGACAGCAUCGUGAUUAUCAGCAACCCUAAUUGGCCCACUAGCGGCCAGAACGCAGCAGUCGACGAAGCUACCAGAAAACGAACUGCUUCCACCGAUCCCCAACCCCAGUCACCUCUAAAACGACCCAAACUAAAGCGCGAUUUUGUUAACUUGCCAAUAAAGUAA